GAUGUUAUAUGUCUGAUGAAGGAGAAUGUGGUUCCCUUGGAGGCUGAUGAUGGACCAUCCACUUCUGAGCAUCACCCUGCCACACCUUCCUUACCUCUCCCCUGCCCCAUCCGCCGCUCUUCCCGUCAUUCCUGUCCUGCCCCUUCCCAAACUGCCCCCCUCGCCGCUCUCCCUGUCUUUCCCGUCCUGCUCCUGCCCCACCUGCCCAAGCACCAACUGCACAGGCCCCACCUUCCCUACCUGUGCAGGCCCCAACUGCACAGGCCCCACCUUCCCCACAUGUGCAGGCCCCAACUGCACAGGCCCCACCUUUUCCACCUGUGCAGGCCCCAAAUGAGCAGGCCACACCUUCCCCACCUGAGCGUGCUCCACCUUUCCAUGCCCAUCCUCCCCGCCAACCCAUUUUCCCUGAUCCUAACCUUCCUCAGCCUGUGUAUCCUGUUCUCCUUCCCAGCCACAGAUGUUGUGACUCAGCAUGGUUGAUGCUAGAGGCUCUAGCUAGAUUUGCCAUCAGCGGCUGGGAAGGAUGCAGGAUUACAUGGUUCUGCAUCUGCAGCUUAAUCUUCUUAUGCUUAAUUGCAUGCUCCGUAUGGAGGCAAGGCAGCAAGCUGCAGCUGCAGAACCUCAGGCCGAGAAAUGUGAAG